GAGAGAGGUUUCGUUCUUUUACGUCAGCGGCCGGCGAGGCCUUUCUUUGCUUUACGGCGGGGUGCUGCUACUCGCUCGCGGAGGGCGCUCAAGGUAGCGGAGCGGCGCUGGGGGUCGGGGGUGGGUCAUCCGGCGAGCGGGGGCGGAUCAGGGCCCACCCCAGCCCACCUGCCUCGGUGGAACAAGCGAGCGGCAGCCAUGGCUAGUACUAUGAUAGCAGUUGGUCUGACAAUAGCUGCUGCUGGAUACGCAGGUCGUUAUGCACUGCAAGCAAUGAAGCAAAUGGAACCACAAGUAAAACAGGCUCUUCAGUCUCUACCAAAAUCUGCCUUCAGUGGUUAUUACAGAGGAGGAUUUGAAUCUAAAAUGAGCAAGCGGGAAGCUGCUUUAAUAUUAGGAGUAAGUCCUACAGCCAAUAAAGGGAAAAUCAGAGAAGCUCACAGGCGAAUCAUGCUUUUGAAUCACCCUGAUAAAGGUGGAUCUCCAUAUGUUGCAGCCAAAAUCAAUGAAGCUAAAGACUUACUGGAAGGUCAAGCUAAGAAGUGAAAAAUUCACCACGUGAUCAGUGGUUUAGUGUAUAUUUUCAAAAUAACCAGAGUUAACUAUUUUUACUUGAUCAAAGAUGAAACUGUGGAACGUGCCAUGAGGAACUAUUUGUAUUCCACUACAGAAUCUGAACUACAACUUCUACUAGAAUAAUGAAGGUUGGGGGAUAGGUGGGUCAAUUUUCAUGUCCAGACAUGCUCAGUGAAGUGCUGGGUCAGUUUAAAAUUAAUCAAAUAUUGAUGUGUGAAGUUCAUGCUGCUAUGAUUUAAGAUGUUGCAAUUGCUAAAAUAAUGUUAAUGACCAAGUCUCAAUUGAAAACUGUUUGAGAUUUGUCAUGUGGCUCUUCUUUGUCCUAUACAAGUGCAAUUUGAAAAGCUUUGUUUUUCUAACUUGAUAAAAUGGAGAAUCUGUACUGAAUUCUGGAACUUGUUGCAGAACUUGUGAGAGCCUCGUUAUCUGGAUUCACCAUCCAUGGUUAGGGGUGGCUGGAAAUGACUUUGGAGGUAAUUUCCAGGAGCCAUUUUAUGGUGGUUCUUUUAAAAGGCAAAAGCCCCAUGAUUUUCUGCAGAAUUUCAGCGACUUGUCAACUUGUAGGGAAGCAUCCUUAAACUCCUGAGGGCCAGUGGAGCAUGGUAGGGCACUUUAUUUGGCCUGUUUUCUGGUGAUUUUUUAAAGUCUGGGAACCUAACUCCCAAUUUAUAUGGACUUUGAUACUGCCCCCUGCCUCACAGAUAGAGGUUCUCCUGUACUCCUAAAAAGUUUAAAUUACCUGAACGUGACAUGGUUUCUGGGCAAUAAAAUUGUUACAGUAAUCUUAACUGAAGUACAAGUCUAUACAGGUAAGAGUACUUUAGAUUGAUCCAAAUCCAGAGUGAUGCAACAGGAUACUUGUGUUCCCCACAAGAGAUGGGAACAAAUGGACCAAUCCUCAACCUUUAGAGUAUGCCAUAUUAUGUAUCAUGAAGACAAGUUCUGCAGUCUAAUAUGAGCAAGCUAAUCCUCUGCUCUCGAUCUGGAUUUUGAAGAACAAAACUUGGAACAGGAAUAAAGCAGCCAUAAAACAAGGACAAA